CAGACGGCACAACAAACACCCACGAUGAAGUUAUUUGCACUCUGCGCUAUCCUGAUCCUCGCCAUGGUGGCGGUCCAGGCCAACCCACACGGAGGACGACAUGGUGGCUUCGGAGGACGCGGUGGCUAUGGUGGAUACGGAGGACCCGGUGGCUAUGGUGGAUACGGAGGACCCGGUGGCUACGGUGGACCAGCUGCCUAUGGAGGAGGACCAGCUGCCUACGGAGGAGGACCAGGUGUCUAUGGCGGAGGACCAGGUGCCUAUGGCGGAGGACCAGGUGCCUACGGAGGAGGAGGUGGAGUUGGCAGAGCCGACGCCCAAGCCCAAGCCUCAGCCACGUCCUCUGCUUCUGGUGGCGGAGGAGGCUAUGGUGUUCCAAUUAAUUACGGAUAGACGAAGAUAAAUCUCGCCGCCAAGAAAAGAAAAAAAUUUAAUAAUGAACCUUC